AUGUUCCUAAUAUUGUUGAUUCUUUAAAAGCUUACUUAAAUAUUGGAAUGGAUAAUAAUAUAAGGAGUAUUAUAAAAAUUAAAGUAAAGAGGAUUAAAGUAGCUUAGAAAAAUAACAACAAUUCUUGUUGAAAAGCUGCUAUAGUAUUAGGAAUAAUAGAUAAGUAUACAUUAUUAAAACCUAAUGAAAUUUAUUGUUUAGUUUAAGAUGAAAAUAAUGAAUCAUAACAUGAACCUGAAAAUAUUUAAGGUGAAAUAUUAGUUACAAGAAAUUGUUGUUUACAUCCAGGAGAUAUUAGAAAACUUAAAGCAAGGAGAAAUAUUAUAAAGAAAUGUUAAUAAGAAUCCAUAUUUAUAGUUGAUUAAUUGUUUAAUAUUUCCAGCAACUGGAAAUUCUCUUCCUUGUUAAAUUGCAAGAGGAUAUCUUGAUAGUAAUUUAUAUUUUAUUUGUUGGGAUAGUAGAUUACUACCUCAAACCUAUCGUUUAUGAUGAAAAAAAAGUUAAUUCUGUUUAACCUAAAAAGAUUGAUUUUAAAGAAAAUAAUAAAAGUUUAAUGAAAAUAUUGAAAGAAAUUUUGAGUUGACAUGGUGAAGCUGUUUAUUUUGUUAAAACUGGAAAAUAAGUCUUUUUAGAUCUUAAAUCCCUUUCUCAACGUAUAGAUCCUUUUAUUAUUAUUUUUUAGUUUUUCCUGAUUAUAUGGAGAAAGAAUAAUCUGUAACCUAACAAUUAUUGGAAAAUUAUAUAGGUAAAUUGCAUAUUUAGGAGACAAAUCAGAUAAUAUUUUAUAUUUAGGUUUUAAUUAACAUAACUUACCUCUUAUUAAUUACAGAUUAUUGUAUAUUUUGAUAAAAUAAUUAAAUAAAAUAUCAAAAUUGCAAUCAAUUUAGAAGAAAUUAAAGAAUAAAAAUACAAAAUUAAAGAAUAACAAUAAGAAAUGAAAGAUUGGAAAUAAGUAAUAUAAGAAUAAUAAUAAGAAAUUAAAGAAAAAAAAUAAGAAAUAGAAAAAUUACAAUAAGCAAUUAAAGAAUAAUAAUAAGAAAUUAAAGAAGAAUAAUUAAACUAAGAAAUAAUUUGGAUUAAUUAAAAAUUACAUUAAUGAUAACUAUAAAAGACAUUUUGAAUCUUCAAUAAAAUUGAUUUUGCAUAUUUUUGAAACCGUCUUUGGAAUAACUCAAAUUUUUGUAGUUAAGAGUGAAUUUGAAAUUUAUAGAGGAAAUUUUAGCAGUAUAAAAAGGUGAUGGAUUAUAUCAAAAGGUAGAUUAAUUUGUAAUUAAAAUUAGAAAAAGUUGAAUGUAUAAAAAUACUAGAAGCGAAUAAUUGCAUUAAUUAUUCAAUUACAUUAAGAAUUAGAACGCAAAUUAUAGACACUCUCUGAUAUUGAAAAAAUGUAACGAAUUUCUUUAAUCAAUUUCAUUUUAUAGUUGUAAACAAAAACUAAAAGAUAAAAAUAAAUUAAUUUGAUAAAAAAAUAAAUAAUUAUAUUUAUCAUUACUACAACAUAUUCUCUAAAUUCUCAUCCUUAUCCAACUUACACUAUAUUAGGAGAGUUUAUUGAAUAAUUGAUAAAUUAAAUAAGUUCUUUUGAUGAUUCGAAAAUUCUCAUGAGGACUCAUACUAUUUGGUAUAGGGAUUUGGAUAAUAUCUAUUUUGAAAGGAUUUAAUAAAGAUAUUUAGGAAUGAUUUAGAAGAACUUAUUUGACUAGGUUUAUCAAAAGUUUAUAAUAUGA